AUGAAAACUAGCUGGACUGAUGCAACCAAAGAAGAGCAGAAAAUGUUUACCGAGAAAGCAACCGAAGCUUGCCAAGUUAUUUGCAAUAUUAUCUCUCCGAGUGAUGGUAAAAGUUUGUUUCAAGCUGUUCAAGAACAUAAAAGGGAUUGUAACCUAGAUUUCUUAACUACAGCAUACAGGAACACGACUUCUAAAAAGAUCAAGACACAAAUACUGACUCUCUAUGCGUACGAAUACCCAGCAAGCAAGUUAAUCGAAAUGCAUUCAUCAUUUGAAAAGCUAAGCGAAAGGCAAAUAAAGAAAGCAAGGGCCCACGCUAAAACAUUUGGCCCAGGAACACCAGUCGAAACAAAGAAACACAGGAUCUAUUUGAACAAAUUUCUAAUCGCCCAUAUUUCUAUCAAGAUGUGUCCUACGGAACAUGGGUCCUUAAACUAG